GAAGCCCCAUGUGAAACAUCAAAGGAGUCAUCCCCUGAUGGCCCCAGUGCUGCUCCAGAAGCAAGUAAGGAGCCAGAGGAACAUCAAGAAGCAGAGCCCCCGAUGGAUGAGGAACAGGAACCAAUGUAAGAUGAAACAGCAAACGCUUACAACACUGGAAGAACAUUCUGUUUUAUGAAGUGGGUCUAAAUCUGCAAUUUCCUUUUCAGAGACCUGGAAUUCAGCGGUAUUUGCCAGAAAGACCUCCGCCGCUGUGCCCUACUAGGCAAAGGUGGAUUCGGAAAGGUAAUUUUCUCAGUUCAUUAGAAGUAUUGGUACAUUUAUUUUCUCAUUUAGGCUAACUAAAUGCUUUCUCUCAUUCCAGGUUCUCCUUAUUCAGCACAAUACCACAAAGAAAUAUUGUGCUGUAAAAGCCAUGGCCAAAGAGAAGAUCUACACCUCUGAUGACAUUGAUGGAAUCUUGACAGAGAAACGCGUCAUGCAAAUCACCAAGGAGAGCCUUUAUACUGUCAAUUUAUACGCCACUUUCCAUACAAAGAAUAUGCUCUUCUUUGUAAUGGAGUUUGCUGCCGGUGGCAGUGUAAGGACCCACUUGCAGAAGGCUAGAACUUUUGACAUACCGAGGGCUAGGUUCUACGCAGCCUGUAUUACACUGGGUUUGGAGGAGUUACAUGAAAAAGGCAUUAUACACAGGUAAGCAAAAAAAGUGUUGGUUUCACAGCUUACGUCUUCAGCUGACUAGCAGGAAAUACAUUGUUCUGGCACAUACAGAACAAGAUAUUACAUAACAUUCUUUUGUAUUUAUUACAGAGACAUGAAGCCUGACAACCUCCUCGUAGACAG